AGUCGUACUAAUGUUGCCGCUCGAGGAACACGCGCGAGGGAAAUUGAGCAGUUAACGUGAAAGUGUGAAGAAGGCGACUAAAAGUAGAUAAAGUUAGGAACUAGUUUUAUAUUUAGUGUUAAAGUUUUCAUGUGCGGUAAUAAUAGCACGCACUGGGACAUGUUAACCUAACAUUUAGCUGACAUUUAGCAACGAACUGAGGUGAAAUUAGCCACCUUAACGUUCAACUAGUGACUCAGUAGUGUUGAUGUUUGUUAGCCAGCUAGCUGAGCAGAGAUAACUCUACCGGUGACUACAGAUAACGACGAGCUUUAAGUACGUUUAGAGCUACUUUAAAGUAAACCGUUUAAUUUAGGUUUGUUGUAGUUACUAACAGAGAAAGAGGAGGUUAGUAGUAGUGUUGUUAACCGGUGGGAUGUAUCUGAACGGUCUCAGGAGUCAUGAAGGAUUCAUCAUGUCAGACAGCGACUCAGAGGAAGAGCCCCAGCUCCCCCUCAAUCAAUUCUACCCAUACAUCCGUUGUGCUCUUUGCUGCGGCUUCUUCAUCGAUGCCACCACCAUCACAGAGUGCCUGCACACAUUUUGCAAAAGCUGCAUCGUGAAGCACUUUUUCUACAGCAACAGGUGUCCCACAUGCAGCAUUGUAGUCCACCAGACACAACCUCUUUACAACAUCAGGCCUGACAGACAACUGCAGGAUAUUGUUUACAAAAUGGUUCCCUUCCUGGAGGAGUUUGAAAGGGAACGAAUGUGUACCUUCUACAAAGGGAGAGGGAUGGAGGUGCCAAAAUCAGUGGUGGUGUCCCCAUCCGUUCCUGUUGUGAUAAAGAGGCAGAAGAAGGAUACCAUUCCCCAGUCUGUGUUUACACUUCCUCCUGAGCUGGAUGUAUCUCUGCUGCUGGACUUUGUUGGGGCUGAAGAGGGCAUCAAUAACUACAAGCCAUUAGAGAGGCGGUACGUCCGUGUGUCGGGCGAGGCCACAGUCCGCCACGUGGAGCUGUUCAUCAGGAGGAAGAUGGAGCUGAGCUCUACCUGCCAGGUGGAUGUGGUUUGUGGAGAUCACCUCCUAGACCACUUCCAGUCUCUCAAAGACAUACAGAGCUCUGUGGGCGAGGAGGCACUACAGGACGGUCUGCUGGUGCUGCACUUCGGCCUGGUCCUGCCCUCCCAGUCUUGAGCAUGAGAGGUGGAUGUAGUUAAUUCCUGAGGGGAUGAACUGAACUUCUGGGUUUUGUUUCUCUCCAUCGGGCUCUCGUCAUAAUGUGGAGUAAAGUUUCUACAUUGGCUUUAUAAGUACUCCACAACUGUCUUGGAUGUGUUGUUAGGACUGUCACCGUCUUGGCUGGCAAAACCUUUCAUAUGUAAGAGAAAGUCUAAGAACUCUACAGUUGGAUUUCAUUAUUGUAUGACAUUUAAAUAUGUUAACAUCAACUCUCCUGUUCACACUGUAGCAUCAGAAUUUCUUGUAUUCAGGGUAAGCCAUGUGUCUGCUGUAGUUUGCUGGACACAAGUGACAUAUGUUUGAUUUACUGAAGUGCCAGCAUGCAAAAUAAAUUUUACCUGAUGAAUGGAAAUGACCAAUUCUUAGUCCUACUGCCAUGAUGUCUUUUUAGGCAUUUUUCAGUGUGCUUCCACUGCACAAGAAUGUGACUGCUGCUGUAGAUAAAACUGGAUUCAGACACUGUUUUUUGGGUCUGUGAAGGCAACACGAUGUCUUGUCUGUAAAGCUGCAUCAGUCUAGUUUGCCUUAGAUCUUUUUGGAAACCAGGGACCGGUAUCUUAUUUCUUUUUAUUUAUCAUCUCAAGGGCUGAGUGGGAUUUCAGAUAAAUAGUUGUGAUAUAAAGGGCUUGAAACAAAACCACUACCAAAGGUGUGUGUGCGUGUGUUAUAUGGAGCUUAGAUCUACACUCUAUUUUUAAUAACAGCUUGCUUCUUGUUGAUUCACACAUUUAAUUUAAGAGCUUUUGUAUAAACUGUCUGUUGAUGUAAAUCGAUGCGUUUGACUUGAUUAAACUUGCUUUCAGCACAACUCACCAGAGCAAAGGGAGUUUGUAAAAGACGUUUUUAAUAGGGUUUGUACAAAUACUUUUCCUACUUGGUUUUGUCAGAAUUAUUUAAUAAAUGACUGCACAACUGAGAAA